CUCCCCCUGUCCCUCCCCCGGAGUAUGUAAGGGACUCCUGCAGGGUUCAGAGUCUGGAGAACGGCAGAGACAGCCAGACCUGCAGAGUUUCGACAUGGAUAAACACGGAUCAUGCGGACCCGGAUACAAGACCCCGCUGGACGCCAUGAAAGGUCCCAGGGAGCAAAUCGUUUACCUGCCCUGCAUCUAUCGCUCCACCGGCAUUAAGAAGCCCGACUACUUGGCCACCGUGGACGUGAACCCCAAAUCCCCAACCUACUCCCAGGUGAUCCACCGCCUGCCGAUGCCCAAUCUCAAUGACGAGCUGCACCACUCUGGCUGGAACACGUGCAGCAGUUGCUAUGGGGACUGCACCAAGAUCAGGAACCGCCUGAUCCUGCCCUCCCUCCACUCCUCCCGCGUCUACGUGGUGGACGUCGGCACGGCCCCGCGAGCUCCUCGCAUCCACAAGGUGGUGGAACCAGAAGAAAUAUUCCAGAAAACCGGCCUGGUGGGUCUGCACACCUCCCACUGUCUCGGCUCCGGGGACGUCAUGAUCAGCACCUUGGGAGACCCCGAAGGAAAUGGCAAAGGGGGCUUCGUGUUACUGGACGCGGAGACUUUUGAAGUGAAAGGGAACUGGGAAGUGGAGGGCCAAGCUGCACCGUACGGCUACGACUUCUGGUACCAGCCGCGGCACAACGUCAUGAUUAGCUCCGAGUGGGGAGCCCCAAAGGCCAUUAACCGCGGCUUCAAGAUUGAAGAUGUGGCUGCCGGUUUGUACGGGCGUCAUAUUCAUAUAUGGGACUGGACCAAACACACGCGCAUUCAGUCCAUAGAUCUGGGGGAGGACGGCCUGAUCCCCCUGGAGGUGCGCUUCCUGCACAAUCCGGAUGCCGACCAGGGAUUUGUUGGGUGCGCUUUAGGCUCCUCCGUAUUUCGUUUCUACAAGAAGCAGGACGGCACGUGGGCAGCUGACAAGGUGAUCCAGGUGCCGAGUAAGAAGGUGGAAGGCUGGGCAUUGCCCGACAUGCCAGGUCUCAUCACUGACAUCCUGAUCUCCCUGGACGACCGCUUCCUGUACUUCAGUAACUGGCUGCACGGUGACAUCAGGCAGUAUGACAUCACAGACCCCCGGUGCCCCCAACUGGUGGGGCAGGUGUUUCUAGGGGGCAGCAUCCAGAAAGGGGGCACAGUGACCGUCACAAAGGAUGAGGAGCUGAGUGAGCAGCCUGAACAGGUGGUGGUAAAGGGAAGGAAAAUUCCUGGUGGGGCACAGAUGAUCCAGCUCAGCCUGGAUGGAAAGAGACUUUAUGUGACCACCUCACUAUACAGCAUCUGGGACAAGCAGUUCUACCCCGACAUGAUCAAGGAGGGCUCUGUGAUGAUGCAGAUUGAUGUGUCCCCUCCCUGCCCCAUCUCUGUCCCCUCCGUGCCCCCUCUCUGUGCUCUCCCUGGGGUGCCGCUCUCACAUUCUGCGCUUUGUUGUAGGGAGGGCUCUGUGAUGAUGCAGGUUGAUGUGGACACAGAGAAGGGAGGACUGAAGUUGAAUAAAAAUUUCCUGGUGGAUUUUGGGAAGGAGCCGGGUGGCGCCGUGCUGGCGCACGAGAUCAGAUACCCGGGGGGUGACUCCACUUCUGAAAUUUGGAUCUAAAGGCCCCAGAAACGCCAGCGGUGCAGCCCCCCGUGUCUGAUAAUCGCUCGUCAUGCAACAGAAACUGAAAGAUGAUUCUCACCGACUGUGCCUCUCGUAGCCUUUCCAACGGCGCAGAACCCCGCCAUGGCGACACCGCCAAUCAUAACACGUGCCGGCAGCGCAGCACAUGCGUGUUCCUUGCGCACUAACCGCUCUUUCUAGUCUGCUUCCUUUAUGCUAAGAACCUCAAAUUAUUUUUCAUAUAAUCCGUCGAUGUGGGGAUAAAAUAAAUGCAUUUCUAUAUUUUUACUGCGAAUAAACGUCUGGGCAGCUCUGA